AUGGGGGUUGGCGUUGCGUCCCCUCAUCCCAUCCCUGAAGGCCGGUUGAUGGAGGCGUGUGCUGCUGGGAAUCAGACAAGACUCAAGGCAGAGUUGGAGAGCUUGCAGUGUCACUUCACUUGGAACCUGAACUCCCAAAGGGCCAACCUUUUUCUUCUCAGGGAUAAGCUGGAAGACAUUGGCACAGUGGAGGGAUACAAAUGGCUGGGACAUAUUUACAACUUGCAGGCUUACAUACACUACCAACUCGGGAGCCCAAGAGAUGCUCUGCGCUUCUUCAGCAAGGCUGCGGAAGCUUUGCGUCAGAUAAAAAAUACCGUCUCGGAGGAGGGCCCGUGGCUAGUCGUAAACUACGGGAACCUGGCUUGGCUGCACUACCACAUGGGAGAACUGAGAAAAAGUUGCAUUUACCUGUCCAAGGUUGAUAGUCUUUUUAAUGAUUAUCCUUCUCCGUGUCAUGACGAACUCCAUCCAGAGAUCUAUGCAGAAAAGGCCUGGGCCCUAAUGAAAUUUGGAAGAGCCAAUACUCUUCUAGCAGUGCAAUAUUUUCAGAAAGCCAUCAGGAUGCAGCCAGACAUGAUCGAGUGGCACUCCAGUCAUGUUUUGGCAUUAGCGAGUACUUCCAAAAUGUAUAGAACCCAACUCGAUAUGAACACAUUUGAGAAAUUGAAAAUAGCUAUGAAACAUGACCCAGAUAACCUCUACCUCGCAACCAUUUACUUAGCGGCUUCUGCUGCAAGAGGAAGAAGAAUUGAAGCUGAAGCGUGCCAAUUGGCCAAGAAGAUUUUGAAAAAGCCCGUCAGCAGCUAUAGCGGUAUGAAACCGUUACUUAAACUCUACAGAAUUCAUUUAUCGAUGGACGAAGCUCUUGACUUGGCAGAGGAAGCCCUUAAAAGACAUCCAGCAGAACGUUAUCUGAAGAGGUGUGCUGCAAUCUGCUACAAAAAGAAAAUUCUGUUACACAGAGACAUACCACCAGACCAAAGCAUCAUUGACAGGGCAAUCAACCUCUAUAGAGAUGUGAUUGCUCUAUACCAUCAAUCGUCACUUAAAAGACGGAUAACCCUUGCAAAUAUAUACGUAAAAUCGAUUCGUCACCAAUCUAAAGCGGAUGAGAUAUUUGAGGAACUACUGGAUGAGGUUAAUCAAGAACCUGGGGACAGACAGAUGCUUUAUAACUACUAUGCAAAAUAUUUGCACUUCACUCACAGGCAGAGCUACAAGUCCAUAGAAUAUUACAUGAGGGCAGCAGCAAUACAGCAUCCUUCUGUUUAUCGUAGAAACAGCAUCCAAAUUCUGGAGAAAAUUAGGCAAAGGAAUAGAAACAGAAUGUGUAGGGAUAUUGAGGAGUUUCUAGAAAAUUUACAUGAGUAACCAAAAAAAAACAAAAUGUACAGUAUUUGCAGCACUUACUGUAGAUAUAGCGCUCAACGGUUAUGAGACUCAGUGAAAAUUUGUAGUUUUUCUUCUCCUAAAAUGUUUUUGUGUGACAAGAUUUUUUUUUCUCGACAGAUUUUUCUUUACAUUACUUUGUAUGUAUGUGUGUAUCAGUAUA